AAAGCCCUCUCUGUUUCCCUGCAUUCCUUAUCAGAGGUUACGAAAUCUGUGGGAUUAAAAAGCAAGGUCUGCCAGUGUGCUAAUACAUUUGGCUCAAGGAUCGACAGACUAAGCAGCAAAUGAGCACAGAAACUACAGUUACCUUCAUGUAAACCCAAAAUGCCUGAAUAUCUUCAAGUAUAUAUCAUUGCCCUGUGCUGUAUUGCCAUAGGAGCGCAAGCUCCCUGUGACAGACCACAACGAACUGCUGAAGAGGAACUCCAAGGCACCUGGGACAAGGACUCAUACGAUCAUGGAACAAUAGCGUCAUAUAUUUGCCGCCCUGGAUACAGUCGACUUGGCGCUAUCAAAAAGCAAUGCAGCAAUGGAAUAUGGACAUAUUUGGCACGAGGGCUAUGCAAAAAAAAAUCAUGUGGUCAUCCAGGAGAUAUCCCUAACGGUUCAUUUGAGCUUAAAGGGGAGACAGAGUUUGUGUUUGGAGCUAUUGUUGAAUAUGAAUGUGACAGCGGAUAUCAAAUGCUUAGCAAAGUAAGUACCCGAACAUGUACUGCUAAUGGAUGGAGCAACUUUCUUCCUAACUGUGAAGUUAAGAAUUGCCCUCCUGUGGAACUUGCAGAGGGUGUGGAAAUAGUGUCUUCUUAUGAUGACGAAUACACUGUUGGAAAAGUAAUGCGUUUUCAGUGUAAGAAUCCUAAAUUUAAGCUAGAUAGGACUGGUGAGAUUUUCUGCACAUCAGAGGGAGACUGGAGUGCUUUGGCUCCAAAAUGUGAAGAAAUAAAAUGCAAUGUGCCUGAACUUGCUAAUGGAAGAAUAAAUGCGCCAAAAGAAAUCUACUAUCUAGACGAUAAAUUACUUUACAUUUGUGAUGAGAAAUUCAAGAAAGAUAGGAGCGUAGAUCCAGCAUGUACUAAAAAUGGAUGGUCCCCGGAGCCUGUUUGUCAUGAAAUAACUUGCCAGGCUGAUUAUGUGGCCAAUGGUUUUAUUACGAACAAGAAAAAUGCAUACAAAUUAGGCGACAUCGUUGAAGUGGAAUGUAAAAGGGGAUAUUCUCUCGACAAACCAAAUGAAUCUAGGAUAUGUACUUUGAAUGGCUGGUCUCUUCCCCUGACAUGUAGAGAUAAAAUCUGUGACAGACCUGAUCUCCAGAAUGGAAUGUUUUUCUCUGGUGAUUACUUUCCUGCACGAAAAAAUGCUAUUCUUUGGUAUAGUUGUAAUGGUGACUUUGAUCCUGUAUACAAAGAAUCACACAGUUGGUAUAAUAGAGGCAAGUAUGGCAAAUCUACUUGCACAGAAAAUGGAUGGAACCCAAUGCCAAAAUGUUUAGCAUUAUGUCGGCCUUCUGAUGCACAAGUCGACAAUGCAGAUAUUUAUGAUACUAAGAAUCAGUACAAGGAAGGAGACAGAGUUAGAUUCAAAUGUUAUGGAGACUUGAGAACUGAAGAUGGGAGAAAUGAUGGAGAAAUUGAGUGUCUACCCAACCACAAAUUUUCAGAAGCCAGAUGCCUUAAAUCUUGCACAAUUGAAUCUAUAAGUCAUGGAAAUUAUAUUCCAAAGAAAAGCAUAUUUGAGUAUGAAGAAUCCUUAGUCUAUGCAUGUGAUGAAGGAUACAGGAGUCCAACAAACACAAGGUUUGCUUCUGCUACGUGUCCUUGGACAUCUCCUCCCCGCUGUGUCGAAACCACUUGUUACAUAACAGAAUUACGAGAGGAAUAUAAAGCUGGAGACGUGGUUGCUUUUUCCUGUUCACCUGGCUACAAAUUAAUAGGCCAAGAUGUCAGUCAGUGCUAUUACUACGGCUGGGACCCAGCACUGCCUACCUGUACAGAUAACUAUCAUAGACAGGCCUAUCCGUAUGAACUAAUUACAAAGAAGCAAGCUGAUUUUAGUAUGUGUGCCACUGCUCCCAAACCACCAUACUCCCAGAAUUUAGAAGCAGGAAAUAUCCCCUAUAAUAAUGACAGCAUUGUUGAGAUACAGUGCAAUUCAAAUUAUCGACCCUUUGGCUCAAAAUCCAUCAAAUGCCAGAAUGGCCAAUGGCAGUCACCCCCUGAGUGUGUUGAAAAACGUUAUUGUAACCAACCACCUGGAAUAAAAAAUGGACGUAUUAUAAAGGAGAAAGAAUGGCAUUCCAGUGGUGAAACGGUGAAGUACCAGUGUGACCCAGGUUACGAAAUAAGUGGGUCAAGCGAAAGUAUGUGUUUCAUGCAACAAUGGACAGCACCUCCAGUUUGUAAAGGUAAAUCUUGUGACAAACCUCCAGAUGUUGACAAUGCAGUUGUUAUUGGACUCGGGACAAAACAGUACACCCAUGGGGAAAGUGCCAAAUACUCAUGUAAGCCUGGAUAUACAAUAUCUGAGGAUGGUCAAGCAAAAUGUGUGGAAGGAAACUGGAUAUAUGUACCCAAGUGUUCUUCUACGUCUUGCGAAUUAGCUCCAGAAAUAACCAAUGCUGUGCUACUGACUAAGAAAGCUAAUUACAAGUCUGGGGAAAAAGCCUAUUAUAAAUGUAACACAGGUUAUGUUUUUAACGAGAAUCAAAAUUCAGUAACUUGUAAAAAUUCUCGUUGGGAAGAACUGCCAGAAUGUAGAAGGCAAGGACAGAUCUGUGAAUCUCCCCCUGUUGUUCAGUUUGGGGACACACUAGAAAACAGAGAGCCUACCAAUAAACAUGGCACAGUGAUGAAUUAUAAGUGUCCAGAAUAUUACAUACUUGAAGGAAGCAAAUCGAUUGUGUGUAGGAAUGGAAAAUGGGAUGAUCCACCAAUAUGUAUAGAGCCCUGUACUGCUUCAGAAAGAGACAUGAGAGCUAACAAUAUUCGACUGAAAUGGCUAAGUGAUAAAAAGCUGUACACCCGCCAUAAUGAGUGGAUUGGAUUUGCAUGUUUAGAUGGCUAUGAAAUAUCUGAUGAGAAGUUGUUAAGAAUACAGUGCAAUAGAAGUGUCCUUCCCUAUCCUAAGUGUACCAAAAAAGGCUCCUGUUUAUUAUCACUUUCAACUAUGGAUGAAAAUAAUAUAUUUGUAAAUGGAAGCACUGAAAUUGAACGAGGCAAAGCAGUUAACUUUCUAUGCAAGGAAGGAUGGAUUACAAAAGAUACAUUGACUCAAGUAUGCAAUAACCAAAACAUAAAGUAUCCAACAUGCAGAAGAGCUGCGCCAUGUGAAAUAUCCAGUGAAGAUCUUGAUCAAAAUAAUCUUGAUUUCAAACUUCCUGAUAACCCUAAAAAAAGAUUUUACGCACACAAGGAGGAAAUAAUGGUAAUGUGCAAACCUGGAUUUCAUACAUCAGAAAAGAAACCUUUAAAAGCUGAAUGUUUGGAAGGACAAAUUACAUUUCCUAAAUGUACUCCAGGGCGAAAUUGUACAUCUCUGCCUAAAAUACCAAAUGGCAAUGUGAUUAUUGAAACACAAGACGACAAAAGCUUUUCUUCAGGUUCCACUUUGAAAGUGGAGUGCAGAGAGGGAUUUGCACCAGUUGGACCCCCUGUCAUUACAUGUGAUAACUCUGACUGGACAAAUGCACCAAAAUGUGCUAAACUUUGUCAAAUUCUACCAUUACAGCUUGAAACUAAUAAUUUACAACUGGAAUCGACUAAUGAUCUCGAGGGAACUUUUACGAAUGGCAACAAAUUAAAUGUUCAGUGCAAGCCUGGGUAUAUCUCUACACAAAAUGCUCCUUUAAAAGCAACCUGUAGAGGUGGAAACUUUAGCUAUCCGCAGUGUUCUCCAGGAAGUUCGUGUACGAUCUCCAUAAAUGUUCUUGAAGAAAAUAAAAUAGAAUUACUACGACCUAAUGAUACUAAUAAGGAAUAUCCACAUGACACACAAUUCCAGUUUAAGUGUAAAAGUAGCUAUGUUUUACCUCCACAAAAACAGCUUAACACCAUAUGCGAUAAUGGAAAACUUAGCUUUCCACGGUGUUACUCUGCAAACCGUUGCAGAAUUUCCCAAGAACAAAUGGAUGAAAAUCAAUUGACUCUUAAUUCAAAGGAUGAAGAUUCAGUCUAUUUUGAAGAUGGUGAACUUAUCCAAUUUAAAUGUAAUACUGGCUUUACUAUCAAUAGUGGCAUUACUGGACUCUGUGCAAAAACACAAAUUACCUACCCAAAAUGCACUGAGAAACGAACACGUGGCUAAUUCAGCCUUCAGAUUCCAAGCACAGCACAUGUAUAGAAAGUGGCAACUGGAUAGCAACGGAAUUCUGCAGCACAUGUCUGAACUGUGAUCCCUACUGCAGCUCUGCAACAUAUGGAUACAUUGAGAUAUUCUGUUUUCUUAUUUACUGUUUCACUGACUGAUGUUCUUUGUAAAAUAGCACCAGUUGCCUUUAUGUUUACUGAAGAAAAAUAUUAUUAAUGCAGAAAUGAUCUUACUAAACUCUAACUCCAUA